CAUAUAUUCUGAUUUGUCUGCCGUGCUGUGUAUGAUACUGUAAAAGUUUGAUGCAACAGAGAGUCUCCUUUCCCUCUCACCAAAGCUCUAAAGUCUGUAGACUCUUUGUAUUUUAUUUAUCUUGGUGAUUAUAACGGUGGGCAAGUUUCUUUGAGGAUCUGAGACCAGUCUUUAUCUCAUGGAGGAUCGAAAGGAGAAAAAUGCCCCAUGGUUAUCAGUGCCCCAAUUUGGGGACUGGGAUCAGAAGGGCCAAGUCCCAGACUACUCUCUUGAUUUCUCAAAAAUAAGGGAAAUGAGGAAGCAAAACAAGAGAGAUGUGUCCAGAGCCAGUCUUGGAAAUGAAGAAGAACUCAUUGCCACAAACACAGCUAAUGUGGAACCUCCCCACAAUGACCACCACCCCCAUUACCAUCAGAGGCACCACUCUCCAACUACUCGAAGGAGCAUCUUCAGCUACUUCAAUUGUUGUGUGAGAGCCUGAUGAGCAAGUAGACUGUAUGUUGAGGAGAUUAACUUACCUCCUUGGCCUUGUUAUGUGUUUCAUGUUGUCUACUUUGAGAAUGGGUGUUAUUUUUCCUAACCCCACCCCCUCAUUUGUUAUGUGUUGUUGGAUUUGGUGAUUAGUGGUGUUUCUGAUUUUUCUUUGCUCAUGUUUCUGCUCUCUGCAUCAAGUAAUGCUGCCUUGGCCUCUUAACAAAACCUUGCAUGUAUGUAUGAUGCAAGAUGCCUUGGUGCUUCUCCCUCUGUUGUCUUUAUACUUUGUAUAAAAUGUCACCCUGAAAAAUUUAUUUCAUAUUAGUAGAAAUAGAAGUUGUUAAAGAGUUUCAAAGUUA